GUGUGUGUGUGUGUGUGUGUGUGUGUGUGUGUGUGUGUGUGUGUGUGUGUGUGUGUGAGCACGACUGCUCAUCACACAGCUUCUGUGGACUCCCAGUAUCAGCAGCAUUCAUCACUGACGCACUGAGGAGGUCUUGAGCGUCCUCUCUCCCUCCUUCUUCAAACUAGCCAGACCUCACCGCCUCACAGCCACACAGGAGAAGCUGAGGCCUCAGCCUGAGGCCGGUAUUGGUUGCCACAAACGAACCCCCUGCGUGGAGCUCGGCGCCCGGUUUAAGGUUACAGCGAACGGCAUUUAAAAAAUACGAGAAGAAGGUGGAGGAAGAAAAAAGAAAAUGGAAAAUCUGACAUCGGGAACUAGCGUCCUUCUGCACUGCAACACCUCUGGCAGACACACCAUCAUCUUUACCCUGAUCCCCGUUGUCUACGGCUGCAACUUCGUCCUCGGCAUCGUGGGCAACAGCAUGGUGGUGGCCAUCAUCUACUGCUACAUGAAACUGAAGACAGUUGCCAACGUCUUUGUGCUCAACCUGGCCGUGUCUGACCUGACGUUCGUCCUCACGUUACCCAUGUGGGCCACCUUCACCGCCACGGGCUACCACUGGCCCUUCGGCAGCUUCCUGUGCAAGGCCAGCGCCGGCCUGGUGAUCUUCAACCUCUACACCAGCAUCUUCUUCCUCACCGCGCUUAGCAUCGACCGCUACCUGGCCAUCGUGCACCCGAUGCGCUCGCGCCGCCGCCGCACGCUGCUCUACGCCCGCCUCACCUGCGUGCUCAUCUGGAUCUUCGCCUUCGUGCUGAGCGUGCCCACGGCGUACACGCGCGGCGUCUUCCAGAUCGAGAACUCCAACGACACCGUGUGCGGCAUCUGGCACCGCUCGGAGCACAUCGGCCUGCUGGUGUCGCUCAACAUGCUGAAAAGCGUGCUGGGAUUCCUGGUGCCCUUCGUGGUCAUCAUCACCUGCUACUGCCUGAUUGGACGGGCGCUGCUCGGUGCGCGCAGCCGCAUCCAGCGCAGCACGCGCUCGCGCGACGACGAGGUGCUGCACAUGCUGGCGGCGGCCGUGCUGGCCUUCUUCGUCUGCUGGGUGCCGCAUCAGGUGUUCCACUUCAUGGACAUGCUGGCCAUGCUGGGCGUGGUGGAGAACUGCCGCGUGCUGGACAUCAUCGACACGGCCAUGCCCUUCACCAUAUGCAUUUCCUUUUUCAACAGCUGCAUCAACCCGCUGCUCUACGGCUUCGUGGGGAACAACUUCCGGAGGAAUCUGCUGCGGCUGCUGCGCUGCGCGCCCGACUCCAGGGCCGGCCAUGCCAUUCUGAGCUCCAAGAUGAGCGCGCUCUCGUACCGCGCCUCCGAGGCCCUCCGCCUCAACUCCAGCAAGAAAGCCUCCGCGCGCCAGACGUCAAAUGAGAAAUGAGUCCUGACACAAAAAAAAACACACUGACAGUGACACUCACUUAGAUAUCCCCACUGAUGUUGUGUCUGCUGCAGGCCAAAUAUGUUUUAUGAGGUUUAGAAACCCUGUCUCUAGCACUAAGCCAUGAAAUCUCCAUGGUAAAAACUGACAAACUUCUCCCAUGUUUAGGGUCUACAUUCUAUGUGGGUAAAAUUACUUGAAAUGCACACUUUUCUACUGUCAUGAAGGCACAUUAUAGACACAUUUCAGACAGGGCCGUUUUCACACUGAAGUAAUUUGAUCUUUAUAAAGUCUCUCAUCUCUGCAUCUAAUUAUUCAUCUGUCAAAACACCCUCAAAAUGUAUUAUGGACUGAACUGAAGUUCUGCAUUUUAUAGCACAUCAUCAACACCCCUAUAGGAGGCCCCCCAACCACAUGAGCUGGCCCCCAAAGCACAACACAUCAGAGAAAUAGUAAAUAUAAUAAUCUAUAGUAAUAGUUCAAAUAUUCAGACCCAAGAUACUCCUCACCACUACAGCAUGAAACUAAGACCUGGUUUAUUAUCAGUGAGAUGUGACAUGAGUGAUGUGAAUUGCUCCUAGCUAGACCAUUUAAAACAUUGUGUUCUCAAACAUUUUCAAAUAUAUUUUGCAUUCACGUAUAGGAGUGACUCUAUGGUCUGUUGCAGUUUUUCUCAGUCGCUUUGGUACCCAAGACCCAAAUACUUAGUCAUGUUCUCAAUAUAAAAUGAUAUCCUGGAAGUGUAUUCUUUAUCUCCAAAUUUGCUUUUUACUGUAUUUCUUUCAGUCAGUCAUUUAAGGGUUGAGAAAAAUGGGACAGAGAGUAAAUGCCACAUAAAUUCUAAGUAAUUUGAUCCAGUCACAAUGAUCAUAGACAUUUCACCUUCAUUCAGAAAAGACCUUUGCCAUUGCAUAAAGUACAGAGUCAAAUAGAUUGAUCAGUAUGUUAAUAUAUGAAUAAUAUAAAUAUGACAAUGAAUAAUAAUCAGCAUUCUUUUGAGUCCAUCAAAACAUUCCCCAAGGCUAUUUUUAUGGAGAAAGUUUACAAUGACCCAAAUUACCACACACAGUAUGUGAUUUGGCAGGGUGCAUGUCAUGAAACCCCUCCCAUUCUCAUGAAUGAGAUCCUUGUGGAAGAGGUUGUCUUCUGUAAAGCCCAAUGGUGAGGAUGUGACUGAACACAUUCUUGUCUGAUAUAGUGUCACAUUGUCACUGGAUUGUCCCUCACACUGACCUGGCACAUCCUCUCUGGCUUGGUGGCCUAUGAGAUUUUACACUCAUGUUUUGCCUUUGAACAAACUGAAUCAAUCCUCAUUAAUCACAUGUAAUCAAGGUUUGAAUGACAAGUAAUUUAGCAAAACAUUCCAAAAAUACCAUGUCCGUGAAACUGAUGAUGAUGAUGGUUGACACAUAAUGAUAACUGGUUUAACUGAUUUGCCUGUGAUGACUAGAUACCUAGAUGUAUGAGGGGUAAGACUAAACAGCAGACGAUUGUACACACCCUUUUUUGCAUUCAUGUUGUUGUGAUGUGCACAACUGAAGUAGAUGAUGUGGAGGUUGAACUAGCAGCUUUGAACAUUUUAAUUCUGAUCUGAGAAAUGUGCCGAAGCAACUGAGAAAAACUGUCAAGUAUUUUUCAUUAUUGUCAUCUGUAUCAUAUUGCAUAUGGCACCUGAUAUGUGUCAGAUUCACAAUACUUAUGUAAGACCCAGCUGGAGUCUUGAUAUUCCUUUGGUUGAUGUUUUAAAUAUUUAGACAUUUGUUGUUUGGUUAUUUCGCAUAAUCCACUAAGUAAGUUUCAGAACCCUUCGCCGCAGUGAAGAGAAAAUGUUUCAUAUAUAGGCAGGUCAUUGUACAGUUGCCUCCAUGUUGGCGUGUUUCAUACGCUUCAGGUCUGAUAUGGUGUUGACUGUGGUUAUGUUCUGUGUCCACUGUUUGUUCACUGUGACAAGUAUGGGUGAAAUAUUUACAGAAAAGAAACAGAAGAAACAGAAUAGAAAAGAACAGAAAGAAUCAGAUUACAGAAAAAAAAUCUCCAGAAGAAACAUCUGCUGGUUGUGUCCAUAUCUGCUGUGCUGACAGAACUAUUAUCAUGAUCGUGCUCUUGUGAAUGAGACCAUUGUUGAUUACACUCAUGAAAAAAAAGUUGCCAGUUCUGUCUGCAAUGUUUGUAAAAAAUGUUUUAUAUGUGUCUGUGUGUUUUUGUAUGUGUACAGUUCAUAUGGAAAUAUGUAUAAAAUGCAGGUAUAUGAAUAAAGGAUUAAAAGAAAAA